GGUUGCCAAAUAUUGUUGAUAAUCAAUUUGUUAGUAGAUCCACCGCUGUGUAUGUCCCAUUUACAAACUUGAUAGCUUUCAAUGUUUUCUACAAGGUGUAAUGUAUGUUUUGAAACCAGGACUGUCGUCAUAUUAACAAUUUGUCGAUGUUUGUCGACGACUCGGCGGUGUCGCUUUGCGCUUUGCUCUGACUACCCAAACGUGGAAGUGAACGAAUGGGACUUUAAAAUAAAGAAUCCCCGUCUCUGUGCGUUGUUGGCGUUUUUAAGACAGUUUUGAAACUUGAGCUGAGUGAUUUUAGAGGUAAGACAUUCAGAUUUUGAUGUUGCAGUAUGAUUGAAGACGUCUGAUCUUACAUCCAAACGUUUAAUAAGUAUCAAAUGAUUCCAAUCAAUCCAGGGCAGGAGUCGGGCAGAAAAUUUGGAUGAGUGGAAUGGAAGAUUUCUUGGAGUUAAAAAUAGCAAAUGAGUCAUGAAUGGAAAUCAACAAUAUUGCACGUUGCAUGCAGGAUGCAUUUGGAUGUGAGGCUAGUUCAGUGGAUUUGCAUUUCAACUUGGUAGCUACUCCUGUACUGAGUAAAGCCUUUGUAAUAAAACCAAAGCCAAAGAUAUUUAAUAAGAAGUUAGGGCUGAGCUACUGACUUUACCCUCUCUUUAGUCUAAGCCAAUAGCAGAAUCUUUAUUUGACUGUGUAUCAACAACGGGACACACGAAUUGGGAUAUGGCUAACGUGGGAGACGCUAAUUUCAUGAUGAUGGACCCGGAACAGAGUAUUCCUGCCACAAAGGUCGAGUUGACAGUUUCUGCGAGGAAAAUACUUGACCUAGAUGUAAUCACCCAAUCUGAUCCUGUAUGUGUCCUCUUCAUGAAAGCUCUUGGAUCAAAUGAAUAUCGAGAGUAUGGCCGUUCAGAAGUGAUCAUGAAUACUCUAAACCCUGACUUUGUCAAGAAGUUCACCAUGGAUUAUUUCUUUGAAGAGGUUCAACACCUGAAGUUUGAAUUGUACGAUGUUGACUCUAAGAGCCAUGAUCUAAAGAAACAUGACUUUUUAGGAAAGAUGGAAUGCACUAUGGGUGAGAUAAUGGGAAGCGGUGGAAGACUUACCAGACCUCUCAAAGGACCAAGGAAAGAUUGUGGGAAGAUCAUUGUUAGAGGAGAGGAGAUGAGCCAAUGUAGGGACCUGAUGACACUUCAUUUCAAAGGAGAACAUCUAGACAAGAAAGAUGUGUUUGGAAAGUCUGAUCCAUUCCUUCUAUUCUAUCGCUCAAAUGAGGAUGGAACAUUCACUGUCUGUCACAAGACCGAAGUGAUUAAGAAGACGUUAGACCCGGUAUGGAAGCCAUUCAGUGUCAUGCUAAGAUCUUUUUGUAACGGUGAUUAUGAUAGAACACUCAAGGUUGAAUGCUAUGACUGGGACAGAGAUGGAGGACAUGAUCUCAUUGGAGUCUUUGAGACAACUGUAAGAGAACUAUCAAGGGGACCAGGUCAUUCUAAUGUAUACCAUCUCAUCCAUCCUAAGAAGCAGAAGAAGAAGAAAAACUACAAGAACUCGGGUCUGAUCUUCCUAACAGCAGCCAAAAUUGAGCCUCAAUUCACCUUCCUUGAUUACAUUCAAGGAGGAUGCCAGCUAAACUUCACUGUAGCCAUAGACUUCACCGCCUCAAAUGGUGACCCUCGGACACCUAACUCCUUGCAUUACAUGAACCCUUAUCAACCAAAUCAUUACCUGAGAGCAUUGCGAGCGGUAGGGACAGUCAUACAGGAUUAUGAUGCUGAUAAACUCUUCCCUGCCUUGGGUUUUGGGGCUAGAUUGCCUCCUGCCGGGGUUGUAUCCCAUGAAUUCUUCCUGAAUGGCAGUCAGGAUAACCCAUAUUGUGCUGGGAUUGAGGGAGUAAUAGAUGCAUACCAGAAAGCAUUACAUACGGUUCAACUCUAUGGUCCUACCAACUUUGCACCAAUCAUCAACCAUGUUGCAAGAUUUGCUGCUGCUAAAAGAGAUGGGUCAGAAUACUUCAUUCUUCUCAUCAUUACUGAUGGUAUCAUCACAGAUAUGGAGAAAACAAAACAAGCUAUUGUCAACGCUGCUACACUACCCUUGUCUAUCAUCAUUGUUGGAGUCGGAAAAGAGGACUUUUCAAAAAUGGAGGAGUUGGAUGGUGAUGAUGUAAGAUUAUCAUUCCAAGGAAGACAAGCCGCGAGGGAUAUUGUACAGUUUGUUCCCUUCCGUGACUUUGAAAACUCGGACAACAUCGUAAUGAGCCAGGCUCAACUUGCCAAGGAAGUCCUGGCUGAGAUUCCAGACCAGCUUGUCUCCUACAUGAAGUCAGCAAAGAUCCAUCCAAAGCCUCGAAGGGCAUCCAUUGCUUCCACCAUGUCAUCUGUCUCUGCAUCAGCGCCCCAACAUGGGUAUUGAUGAAACUUGGGGGAAAAUAAUCAUCCUGAGGUGAUGACUUUGGAAGAUUGAUGAAAUCUUGGUUGAGGUUUAAUUCAUGCUGUUAUGGCAAAUACCAUGCUUCUAGUUUGAAUUGGAUUGGUGAUGUGUAACCGCGGAAGGUGACCAGAAGCAGAGCAACUGAGGAUUAGCACAGAGGUAUGGUCUCAGAUGUGAAUCAUGUGAGAGAGAGAUUGGAGUUCCACAAGGAAAGUUUUUUCACCUGUUGUGUUUUGUAUGCCAUCAAGGCAUUUAUGCAAAUAUCACUGAU